UCAGUCCCAUGGCUGCGUGUGGCUCCGUUGACAUUUAAGCAGAGAACACUCAUCGUAGUAGUACGUUGGGGAGAAAAAAAAGCGUUUCAUUCGGGAUAAAUCAUAAUCUUGUAUGAACCGUUUAUUAUCGAACUGCUGUUUUUUUUCCCGUUUUUUGUUUUCGAAAAUAGUGAACGAAGGCGUAAUCCGUCGUUCGGUUUCAUUUGCUUGCAAGUUUGCAAUGCUAGUAAUCGUGCUAGUUUGAUAUAUUGCUCAGACCAAAUCGGUUCGAUCGUUAGCUUCCUUCAAUGCCCUUCCACAAUCCUGUUUGUCUGGCAACGAUUGUGGUUACCUUAUGUAUUUAUUUUCCCGAGAGAAAUAAUGUAAGCCCGUCUUCUGCGCAUAAUGGACAGAGACUUGUUGAGGCAGUGUCUGACGUAUCACGGAGAGUCCUUGUUCAGCACAUUGAAAUGUGAACAGACUGAGAAUCCCGACUUUCAAGCCGUGGUGGCUGACCUGUGUAAGGCUCCGUAUGAGGGAAAUGGCGAAGAGCAGAGCAGCCCCCUUGUGGAGCAGUUCAUUGCUCGGAAGGCUGACAUUCUUUUCAGUCCAUCGUGGAAGACUGCAACUCCGAAAGAAGAAGAAGAACCCCGACAGGAGGAAGCCGCAGAGGCUUAUGCUGUCAUGCCCCCCCUGGAGUUAUUCAUGGAGGUGCCUUUUGAAGAGAGAAGGACCAUGCUUUACCGGGAUUUAGAACGAGGAGACAUCGUGGUGGGGAGGAUCAACAACGUUCGCGAAUAUGGCUUCUUUCUCACGCUCAUUUGCAUGGCGGGCGGGCUGAACAGAGACAUCGAAGACCUGGAGUUAUCGGCUCUUUGUCACAUUAAAGAAAUUCCCUCAGCUGGCAGCCACGACGAUCCUUUGUCCUACUACCAGAUUGGGGACUUCAUCAGAGGUGACAAAAAUCUUCAUUCUGUUGAUUUGAACGCCAAUUUUGGAAAAUGGUGGACAGAGCAUUCGUGUUUCAUUCGAGCAAUAACGCCGUCCAUGAUGCGAGGGCUCCAAAGUCAACUGUUUGCAAAAGAAGAUUUUGCGUCCGUCAUCCGGAAGAAGCAGUCGGUAUCCUGGGCCUUGAAAUGUGUUAAGGCUGGUGUGGGCCACUUCAAGCAGGGUCGCCAUGUGGAAGCCAUGAAUGAGUACAACAAAGCUUUGGACAUCGACACCAAUAACGUGGAAGCGCUGGUCGCGCGCGGCGCUCUGUAUGCAAAUAAAGGCGUGAUCCUGAAGGCGAUAUCGGACUUCGAAUUGGCCCUGGAGACGUGCCCGGAUCACCGCAAUGCCAAGAAGUACCUCUGCCAAACACUGGUUGAGAGAGGAAAACAACUCGAGGAACAAGAGAAGCUCGUGACAGCGGAAGGAGUGUACAGACGAGCGCUUUCUCUGGAUGACGCAAACCCCGAAGCUCAGGAGGCCUUGAGAAAAAUCACCGAGACCAUACAGAAUUCCAUUCGCCUGCGGGAAGAAGCGCUGGCGAAGGAAGGGGAAGAGAAAGCCAAAAGCAGUCAGAGCAGCGCUGAGAAAUUGCGUAAGCUCUUAAAAGAGGAGAAGAGGAUGAAAAGAAAGCGCAAGAGGUCGACCUCUUCCUCAUCAUCCUCAUCCUCCAGGAAAUCCUCCACCUCGUCGUCCUCCUCACGCAGGAGAGCCAAAAAAAAGAAAAAGAAAAAGAGGAAGUCGGCGCGAGGAGGCAAGCGCCGCAGCGGCAGGCGCAGGAGUGACGAGGGAAAGCGUGGCAGAAAGAGGAAGGAGGACGAGGAAGACGAGGAGGCCGAGUGGUACCCGGCACCUCCCGACACCUCCGCCACCUUUCUCGACCAAAAGACGUGGGAGGCGUUCGGGGCCGCCGCCGAUGAGGAGGAGGGAGAGCCCAGCGCCAAGCCCAAAGAUGCCAACGGCCCGAGGAUCUGUCUGUAUUCUUUGUCGCCAUCCUCAGACGACGACGACGACGUCUGCGAGUGGCCGUCGCACCCUGGGAGGGAAACCAAGGAGAGCCCGGAAAGGAGCAGGAAAAGUAGGAGCACAAGUUCAGGCAGAGAAGAUGGGAGGCCGAGGAGCAGCGAAAGAGGGAUGGGCGAUCAACGGAGGACCGCUGAGCCCCAAAGAAGUAGCUUAGAUGAGAGGAAGCGCAGAGUUUCCUGCUCGUCAUCCGAUUCGGCGUAUUCCAGAAAAUUAGGGCCAGGGAAAGAUUUUUCCGGGCGUAAUUUUUCCCUUCGAGGUGGCGAAGAUCAAACGCCGUCGGAGAGCGACCUCGGGCAAGGAAAAGCUGCAAAACAGCAACCCGGUUGGAGCCAGUCGGACGCAGCCAGAGUCCAAGUUGAGCAGGAUGAGGAGAUCUCGCUACCUGAAGGAAGGUCCAAAGAAGACCUUCCGGCAAACCUCUUGGACAUCUUUCAGCAGAUUGCCAAGUUUCAGAAAGAGAAAGGCAUCGAACCCAAAAAGUCAACCAAUUCCAUUUGAAAGUCAAGUCGUGGGAAACGGAGACGGAAAGAAAGUAUGGCUCGGAAUUGGUUGCCGUUCAAGAAGCGGGGCGAAGCCCGUCAAAGACACCAAAC